GCAAUAAUAACAAAAGUUAAAAAAUAUCAUUAAAACACCAAAAUUUGAAAAAAAAUUAACGCACAUAAGUAAGAACCAAAGCUUGCUAUCCAAUUUGGGUGGGUUUCCAGCAAAAAUUAUAUAUAUUUUCCAAAAAACAUUGCGCUAAAACGCCCCGCUGUGUCAUGUGUUAAUUAAGCUGCUGACGCUUCACCCCGCUAACCAUUAUAUACCAGCGAACUUUUUAUUGCACUCCACGCAGCAGUCGUACAACCUUGGUAGGCGUGUCCGUUGCUUGCCAAAUUAUAACCUUCAAAGAAUUGCCCAAAGCAGCAAAAAAAAAUUUCAAUUCAGCAGCACUUUUGACGAAAUAUCUGGCCAUGUACCGCCGUGGAGGCCUGCAAAUAUACAAAAAAGCCACACAAACACACGCGUAGACAGUCAUAACGGUGAAGACAGCAUAUGAAGUCCGCUAUACGUAUGCGUGCGUGUGUAGCUGCAGCGGAAAAAAUCGAUAUAACAUCAACAAUAAACAACGGUAAUGCUGCUGCUGGCCCAUAAACAUACCUAAGUAACACAAAGGCGAACGCACACACUCACACACACAUAAGCGCGCUAAACAAUAGUGCGUUAGUGUGCGCUGUGUGGCAUGCCUCUGCAGUCGCAUAUUUGCAUAUACGCGUUUGCUAUCGCAUUCCGCCACCAACUCUUGCCACGCCGCCAGCCGCCGACGCCGCAAUUUUAUGCCGAUAACGUAAUACACACGACACUCACAGCAGUUGGUCGACGAGCGUUUACCAUAUGGAUAUGUGCAGCUGACCAAAAAUGUUGUGCAAUUUGUGCUAACGUUUUAAAUAUUUAAUUAAAAUUACUUAGCAAAAAAGCAAUUCAAAAUAGAAAAAUAUAUAAACACGUGCGCGUAUUUACAACACAGAAAAAAUAAAAUAAUACAUAUAAAAAAAUUGUCCAUUUUAACUGCUUAACGCAUAAUUGUAGCAAAGAAAAAAUUAAUAACAGCAACAACAACAAAAAAGUUUUAUAAAAAAAAACAACAAAAAACGCAUGCAUUUAUGCAGCACAAGGUCGCACACCAGCUUACUACCGCGCGCCUACACGGCGUAUGAGCAAUUAAUUAAGUGCAGCGCCUGGUGUGAAUGCUGAACAACAAGCAUAACAACAACAACAGCAGCAGCAAAAAGAUGGUGGACCUGAAUACCUGUCCGCCUACGCCGCCGGGUGGCGAACGCUCGAAAAUCAAAAGCUUUAUGGGCCGCACUCCCGGCAUUGGUAUAUUGAAGUCGAAAUUUCUAACGGUGCUUGGGAAUAGCAAUGAGCUGCUUAACGGUAUUUCGAAUAAGCUUACGCUUAGCAUUAGCUCCAGCGAAUCGGAGUAUUGUGAUGAUGACGAGGAGGUUCCUACAUUUGACGAGACCAUUGACUAUACGAAAAUAGAUUAUGAGUUUCGACGCAUUAAGGCGCGACGGGCACAUGAAGAGAUCAUAUCAGGACGGUUUCGAUAUCCCAACUUAGCACCUAGACCUCGCUUGGAGGCUGCCCGCGCCAGUGCACGUGACAAAAACAAGCGUUCCGAUUCCAGUUCCUCAACUUCCAGCUCCACAUCGUCUUCAUACUCACCGCCUGUCAAUCGUUCGCAUGUUAGCAGCACUACACGCUCGAAUUCCAUCGAGUCACGUCAUUCCGGUGGUUAUGGGCGACCCGGACGCGCCAUACCCGGCGCAAGGCGCAGUGAACUCGACAUACAAAGAGAUUUAUCACGCAUUACCGAUUUGUUGAGCGUAAAUGCCAGCGCACCGCAAAUCGAUGUGCAACCACCCUCGGAUCGUGAAUGCGGCAAUUCCACUGAACAGCGCAACCAUCCCACUCACCUGCAUAUGGAUAUACCAGCUAUGACACAAUCGGGCACCAGUAUGGCGGUGCCGCCACGCAGUCGCAACUCGAAUAGCAGCACUGUGACCAGUUUGCGUGACGAUCCCGAUGUACAAGCGAGUCCAAGCAUUGAAUCUACCGAUUGGCGUAAUUUUAUACGUUCGGAGUCACAAAAUUCAGUACCGUCAUGGGCAUCAUCCAUCAGUUUGGACUGCCGCGCUGGCGAGGAACCGAUCAAGGAGUUUAUGAAACGUUUCAUAGAAGUGCUUUUCACGAAUGCCUCGGCGAUUGGACUGGAAUUGAAGGCAGAGUUUGGCGCAUUGGCACGUAUCGAUGCGGGACGACAGUGGUUUACACGUUUCUUGCUCGAGCAGAAAGCCAAAUCAAAGCGUGUAGAUGAGGUGACCUUCCAUUCGCUGGUACAAUAUUUUGCCAUCGUCUUAUUUGAGUGCGGUGAGAGUGAAGACUAUGCGCCGGCAGCGUUAAUCAUGAAUACUUGCUUUAUGUUCUACAAUGAAAUUGAAGUUCCUGGCUGUGAACCGUAUCGCCAGUAUCUUUACAUUUUCAUGCGUCAGCAACCGAUAUGGUAUAGUCAACGUUUUUGGGGUGCCGCAUUCUUCGAAGCUGUGCAAAGUGAACGUGACCAUCGUUUGGCGAUGCGUAAGCGGCGCGCCGAAAGGAAGCAGCGCAACAAAGCGCAGUUCACAACAAAGAUAGCGGUUGAGUCGAGUAUGCAUGAGAAUUCGCCAGCUGAGGUAACGAAUGAGAACGCGUUGUUAACGGAUGCACCGAUUGAUGGGGAAAUCGCUUCCACGUCCAGUUCCUCACAUCAUGGUAAUAUUGUGGCCUUAAAGGUGCAGUCGACGAAGAAAUCCGCUUCACAGACCAGUGCCGAAGACACGUCCGCAGUUGGUGGUGCUGGUGCUUCGGCCGAGUCGACAGCUUUGAUGGGUGCGUCGAGCGCUGCAGCAGCCGCUGAUAAGCAGCACGCACAUCUCGAUCCGCAUUCCAUCGAGAAUAUUGUGUUUCGACAACUGGGGGCCUUUACUUGUAAUAUGCACUCAUUGGGCCUACCUCAAGAUAUGUGCCUAGAAUUUUUGAAGAAACAAUCGGCAACGGCAAGCCAUACUUUAUCAAAGGAGAAAACCAAACUCAUCAAGGAUAACAUAUUGCGCAUGUACCAUGAAACCGAUUCAUGGGGCGCGAAAGUGUCCUGAGUUGUUUUUACCGUUAACCAUAGUAUAUUAACUCCAACUUUCCAGUAGUUAGUUAAAUUCUAUUAAAAUUAAUAUUAAUUAUAUUUGUAACGGAAAUAUUAGUAAAAGAAAACGUUAAAAUUAAUAUAUACUGUUAACUUAUAACAUAAUUAUAUAUGUACAUAUAUGCAUUAGGGGUAUCCUUUUUUGUUUAUUAAUCAUGUUCGUGUAGAGAAAAUUGCAUUUUCGAAGAAUUUGCAAAUAAUUGCUCUAUGGAAAAAUGUAAACCUAAGGAAACAUGUCCAUUAGGGGUGUCCUUAUUUGUAUAUAAUUCAUAUUUGAGCAUGAAAAAUUACAAUUUCUAAAAUUUUGUUACUAAUUGGUCUAAAGAAAAAUGCAACAAUAAUGAUAUUCGUAGAUUAGGGGUGUCCUAUUUUGUAUAAGUUCCAUAUCUGUGCAUAAAAAAUGCAUUUCCGAAAAUUUGCUUACUGAGUGCUCUAAGAAAAAUGUAAAAAUAAUGAUGUAUGUACAUUAAGUGUGUCCUUAUUUGUAUACUUUUCAUAUUUGAGCAUAAAAAUGGUAUUUUUGAAGAAUUUACUAUUAAUUGUUUCAAGAAAAACUAAUAAGGAUACAUGUACAUUAGGUGUGUCCUUAUUUAUAAAUAUUUCAUAUUUAAGCAUUUAAAAACGCAGAUAAAUAAGGAUAUUUAUACAUUAGGUGUGUUCUUAAUUGCAUUAAUUUCAUAUUUGAGCAUAAAAAAUUGCAUUUUCGAAAAUCUGCUCACAAAUGGACUUAGAAAAAAACAAAGAACUUCGAAAAUAACUUUUUAAGGAAUCAAAAUCAGUUUUUAAGCAUUUAUGCGUAUACAGGGUGGUCCAACUAACAAAAGGUUUCGUUUUUAAUUAAGCUCGCUGCAAUUUGCCUACUUAUACGCGUAAUUGUGAGUACGUUAUAAGUGAGGAUAGCCCUAAUGUUCAUAUAUACAUAUGUAUAUAAAUAUAUAAAUAUUUAUAUAUUAGGUAACUUUUUAAUAAUUCGUGUAAGCAUAAUUCAAGUAAGCAAGGCAUGUGGUUGAUAACACUGUACUUUUUUUUAAAUAUGCAUUAGGGUGUGGUAUUUUUUUUAAGAAAAUUUAAUUUACUAAUGAUAAUGACUGUCAAUAUUGAACACAGAAAAGCAAGCUUAUAACUUAAGAAAGUGGCACCCUAAUGCACUUAGGUACAUAUAUAUAAGCUUAUAUGAGAUAAUGAAAUGAAUGAAUAUCAAAGCAUAUAAUAUUAUAAACAAUUUGCAAUAUCAAAAGAAAUUGUGAUAUGGAAAGUUGAAAUGAGAGAGAGAGAGAGAGAGAGAAAAUUUUCGCAGAGAAAGCGUUUAUAUAAAAACUUGUCCGCAAAUAAUAGUAUUACUUACAUGAUUAUUAUCGGAAUACUAAAGCAAAUAUGUUUAGAGCAUAUCGGGGUAUAUGAUUUUGAAUUCUAACAUCAUUAGAACCUUGCCUAUAAUUUCAUUUAAGAUUCAAUAACAUAUCCAUGUCUUCUUGAUUGAGCAAUAUAUUUUCCAUAGAUGCAUUUGAGAUUAAAUAACAGAUUCAAAAUUUCUCGAGAAUUUUUAAAGCUAAAAUUUAUCUUUAUACUUAGACUUGCCAUAAGUUCUGUUAUAAGUUUAGAUCGUUAUAAAAAUGUCACCGUAAUAGUUUUGAUAACAAAGUUAUUUUUAGUUACCAUCGCAUAUAAUGUACAAAAUUUAUUUAUAAUGGUCACUUCUUGCUUAAACACAAGCUCCAAAAGGUUUGGUCUUUGAUUAAUAACAUCACGUACAAUUUAUAUUUGUAUUAACAAUUUUUUGAAAUUCUCCAAACAACUCUGACUGCAAGCUGUAAUUCAAUUGAUUCAAAUCUGGACUUCCAGACGGCUAAUUGUCUGCAAUUAUGAAGCGAGUAAUAUUGCUUUAAAGCCACUGAUGAGUGGAAGCCUUAUAUCUUAAAAGAUUCUCCAUCGGUCAGAAUAUUGUUUAACUGUUUUGCCAUGCCUUCUAAGACAUUGUGCUGAUACACUUUUAAUUCAUAUUUAAGACCUUUUUCACAGAAGUCCUUCACAGGGGACUCUCUUUCAAACAACAGCUGGAUGUUUCAGUGACCUCGUUGAAACCUUGGAAUAUAAGUUUUUGACUCUUUGAAAGCUUUUGCGAAUAUUGUGUAAUUUUGUUAAUUAAAAACUUUUUCGGCGCUGAAUUCUGUAAAUACAAGUAGAUGAUAGUGAGCGGGUGGCACUGGAAAUGUCACUUAUACUUAAGCCCAAUUCUCUUCAAGUGUGUUGCUUUCAUGUGAAGAUCAUCUCGAAUACGUCUUGAGAUUGAUCUAGUCGAUACACCAUAUUAAUUUCCUUUGAUACAAUUUUUUGAUUUCCUAUUUACUGGGCAUGCGUAGGUAAAAAGUUUUUAUGGCUGAAUGGGUUCGAACCAAGCGUGGACAAAAGUGCUGUAAACAAACAUUCCCGAAAUAUUAAUUCUUUUGAGUAGCUCAUAAAUUUCAUAUCCGCUUUCACCACACAUAUGUAUGUAUAUAUAGCCAUCAUCCCAAAACGAUUUUCUUCAGCUCCCUACUCCAUUGUUAUUGGGUUAUAAACAGUUAGAAGGCUGAAAAAAGUGAAUUUUUUAGAUUUUUGCUGAGAAAAAAUUUGUACACAUAUUAUGUUAUCUUUCAACUGCAUUUUAAGUAUUUGUAUUAUUAAAAUAUUUAUUUGAAAAGGAACUACAGCUGAACUCUGGGAGCUCCUCUCAAAAAAGACGUUUUGCGGAGAUCAGUAUACAUAUAAUAUCUCUGAACUGGAUCUUCUGCAAUUAAACAACCGAACAGAUUUCGUUAAAAUAAUGUUAAAUCUAGUAAAGCAAAGCGGUUUCUCAAAAAAAAAUCGAUUUGUG